CUCUAUAAAAGAUAGUCAGCUCGACAAGAUACAAGCUUACAUCAUCGAACAAUGGUGCUGUUAGCUUCUUUUUUGGUUCUUGUAAGCCUUUCCUUCACCGCGCAAUCACAUGUGGCAGUUAAUGAAGAACUGCGUACUGUGGCUGACGCUAGUAACAGUUUCACCAUGAAGUUUGCUCAAUACCUGAAGAAGACGUCGCCCAGCAGCAACGCGGUGUUCUCGCCCGUGUCGGCCUACUCGGUGCUGGCGGGACUGACCGAGGGCGCCGACGGAAACACCCGAGCCCAGCUGCUGUCCGCGCUCGGCCUGCCUGACGACGACAGUGUGAUCCGGGGCGGCUACCGGGGCAUCGCCACCGCCUACGAGGCCUCCAAAAACGGCAAAGUGAUCUUGAACAUGGCAGACGCUUUCUUUCUAUCGAAGUAUUUCGAACCGAAGGCGAGUUUCAUGACCACGAUGCGAAGCGACUUCAAGUGCGACGUGAAGAAGCUGGACUUUACGUCAGGUGACUCGGCGGUCAGCGAGAUCAACAACUGGGUGUCCACGGAAACCGACGGCCGCAUAAGCCAACUGUACGAACCAGGUGAACUGAGAGAGAGCACGCUGCUCGUAUUGGCGAACGCUGUUUACUUCAAAGGCGCGUGGAAAUAUUCGUUCGAAACCGGUGCCACAUCGCAGCGGACAUUCCACCUAAACAGCAAUGACUCCAUUGCCGUGGACACGAUGUCGGUGGAGUCACAGUUCCUCGUUUACUCGGACGACAGCGUGCAAGCCAACGUGUUGGAGUUGCCCUACACGGGUGAAGAAAUGAAAAUGAUGAUUAUACUGCCAUACCAAAUAGAUGGCCUUGAACAAACAAUUCAAAACCUGAAAAAUAUUCCGAAGCAAGGACGCUACGAUUAUGCUUCAGAUUACAUAAUUUACGUCCCAAAAUUUGAAAUCACUUCUUCAAGUAUGGACAUUGGGGAAAUUCUAAAAUCUUUGGGAGUCGAGGACGCCUUCUCGCAGGAGGCCAACUUCUCGAGGAUCGCCUCCCAGCAGGUGGUGCUGGACUCAGUGAAGCAGAAGGCCUUCGUGGCCGUCAGCGAGGAAGGCACGGAGGCCGCGGCAGCCACCGGAGGUGGCGAAUUCCCAGGGCCAUCGAUCGGUAGCCGUCCAGGAACAUUUGAAGUCGAUCAUCCUUUCGUAUACCUCAUCGUGCAUGUUCCAACAGAUACUGUCAUCUUCGCUGGAUACGUCCUAACACCAUAGGGUUACACACAGGAAAGGUCGUUGGAUGUGGAAUGAUUUGAUUGUUAUAAAUAUGUACCAAACAACGACCUUCAAAUUAUGUUGUUUUGUGGCACCAGGCUGGAAUUCACAAGCAUAAACCUAAAGAAUUUCGCUUUUUUUUUUGUUAACUACUGCCACGUUAUGAUUUAUGAAUUAAUUGCAAAGUAUUAUAUUAUGAACAUUCUGAAUUGUAUUUAAUCUUGUAUUUCUUCAUGUAAUGUAAAACCACUUACUAUACAAUAAAACUUAUAUAAGACA